AUGUCAUAUUCUUCCUCUCUUGAGAAAGCUAUCUCGAGUAUAAAGAAGCAGACUUACCUAAUACAACGAUCUCUCAAUAAGAGAGAUUUAAUGUCUGCUCUAAAAUACGCAUCACUCAUGCUUGCAGAACUAAGGAAUCCAAAAUUGCCUCCUAAACAAUAUUACGAAAUUUAUACCCUUAUUUUCGAUUCUUUGUCAAACUUAUCAUUAUACCUUAUAGAUAAUCAUCCUAACCAUCAUCAUUUAGCUGACCUUUAUGAAUUGGUACAAUAUGCUGGAAAUGUCUUACCAAGACUUUAUCUAAUGAUUACUGUGGGGGCCAGUUAUUUACAAUGUCCAAACCCUCCAAGGGAUGAAAUAUUAAAAGAUAUGAUGGAAAUGUGUAGAGCAAUUCAAAAUCCAAUCAGAGGUUUGUUUAUAAGGUAUUACUUAUCCCAAACAACGAAACAAAUACUUAUCCAAAAAUUGAAAGAUGAUAGCGAUAAUGAUUCAAAUUUAGAAGUUUCAAUGAAUUUUAAUUGUCAAUAUAUUAUAACAAAUUUCAUUGAAAUGAAUAAAUUAUGGGUAAGAUUGCAACAUCAAGGUCCAUUAAGAGAACGGAAACAGAGAACAAAGGAAAGAAAGGAAUUACAAAUCCUUGUAGGUUCACAAUUAGUGGCAUUAUCUGAGAUUAUUGAUGAUAAUUUCACUAUAUAUAAAGAGAAGGUUUUACCUGUCAUAUUGGAACAAAUUACUCAAUGUAGAGAUGUUAUAGCCCAAGAAUAUUUGUUUGAGAUUCUAUUCCAAGUGUUUCCUGAUGAAUUCCAUUUGGAAACUUUACCUUUAUUGUUAGACGCCAUGUUACAUCUAAAUCCUGAACUAUCGCAUGAUAAAUUGUUAUGGAGCCUUGUUGAAAGAUUGAAUGUUUUCAUAGUGAGACAAAAUGAAGGUCUUAAUGCUGUCGAUGGCAUGAAGGAAGAUAAUUUAUUCAAAAUAUUUUGGCAGUUUGUUUCCAAAUUAAAUGAAGAAAGACCAGAUUUAAGUUUACAACAAACAAUCGGUCUGGUAAAAAGUCUAUUAAAUCUAUCACUUAAAUGGUAUCCAGAGUCUGUAGAGAAUUUGGAUCAUUCUUAUGAAUUAGUUCUACAAAAAUAUCAAGAUUUAGGUGACGAUCCUGUACCGAUAGAUUCAGAAUGUUUUCUAUCAGAUUUAAUCCUUCUGAAAAAUAUUGAUAUCCAUGAAAAAGAUCGAACCAAUACCUUCCUUAAAUUGGUCUCUCAGAGUGAUUCUUAUAGAAAAUUAUUAUCUUUACAAAGGCUGCCAUUACAACAGGAUAUAAUAAAUGAAUUAUUAGACGCCUUUACAAUGGGAUUUUUUGGUACUAAUUCGGAAGCAAAUGCUUCGAAAGAAAUCAUAAAUUCAAAAGUUCAACUAGAACAUAUUUUAUCAAUGUGUGAACCUAUUAUCAAGUCCAGAAUUUCUUUAUUGACGCCAAAAGAAGGAAAUAAUAAUAUAACAGAAGAUGAAGCACAAGAUGAUGAUGAACAGGACGAAACAUUUAUCAUUUUGGAUGCCAACCAAGAGAAAUUAGCCAAAUUCACUCAUGUCAUUAUAAAUUCCCUUAAUAAUUCGGAAAUUUUAUAUACAGUAGAGAAACAAAUGGAAUGCCUGUUGAUACUGAAGAGUUGGUAUUAUAAAGGUGGCUCAAACAUCAAAUAUACCUACCCAUCAAUAAUAACAAAUUUCUGGAAACUAAUUAGAAAGUCGAAUAAAUUGAAAUCACGUCUCCCUAAAAAGAAAUCAUAUUAUGAUGACGUGAUUAAAAAACUAUUCAAACAUAUAUCAAGAUGUACGAAUGAUUUAUUUAAUUUAUGUGGUAAUUCAUACACUGAUGCAAUCUAUAAGUUCAAUUUACAAUCUGCAUCAUUAGCUGAUCAACUUUCAUUAAAUGAGAUAUCAUACGAUUUCUUUUCUCAAGCAUUCACUGUGUUUGAGGAAUCGUUAAGUGAUUCUAAGACACAAUUCCAAUCGUUGGUAUACAUGGCACAAACUUUACAAAAGACAAGAUCAUUAUAUAAAGAAUCUUAUUAUGAUUCAUUGAUUGUUAGAUGUACUUUACAUGGAUCCAAAUUAUUAAAGAAACAAGACCAAUGUAGAGCAGUUUAUUUAUGUUCACAUCUAUGGUGGGCUACUGAGAUUUCAAUAUUAGGUGAAGAGGAAGGUGUUACUCGUAAUUUCCAUAGGGAUGGUAAACGUGUUCUUGAAUGUAUACAACGUUCAUUAAGGUCUGCCGAUAGUAUUAUGGAUAAUGUUCAAAGUUGUGAAUUGAUGAUUGAAAUUUUUAAUAGAUGCCUUUAUUAUUUCAUACAUGGUGAUGAAUCAGAAAAUUUCUUGACAAUAAAAUAUAUCAAUGGUUUAAUUGAAUUGAUCAAAACUAAUUUGAAAAAUUUAAGAUUAGAAGGUGAUGACGAAGAUUUGAUGAUUGAUACGGCGGUGCAACAAUUGUCUAGAACGAACAUCAGUAACUCUCAAUUUGUUCAAGAUAUUGAUGAUACUCUUAAUCCGAUUUUUAUGGGAGAGGAUGGUUCCUAUAUUGAAUUAAGUAAGUUAAAGGGAACUCCAGCAAACGUAUCUUCGAAAAUAAGUUCUGCAAAGAUGAGUAAUUUGAUCAGAAUUCCGAUACGCCAUUAUAAUGGAACUAGAGAGUACGUCAUGAAUCAAAGUGAAAUUGAUGAUCGAUUCAAAGUAAUUAAUAUAUAG